AUGAGCUCUUCCAAAGCGCAAAUAACGCAAAAGUUGAUAUCAGUAUUGAAGACGUUGCCCAACGAGAGGUUGAAACCUUAUGCCUCGUUCAAGGAAUCACAAUUAAAAAGAUUUGAGGAUCGAGAUGUGGUAUCCUCGAUUUCAGAGCAAGAUUUAAAACUACAGUUCAUAGCAUUGAAGGAAUUGGUUAAUGACAAGUACAAGAACUACUACAAGCUUGAUGAUAAGUUGUUGAAACCAAAGGGGAACCCAGAGUACUACAUGCGGUUGAUGAGUGAAAUUAGAGGUGAAAAGAGGGAAUCCUUGCUAACAGCGAUGAGAACUAUAGUAUUUGGCAAGUAG